UUAUUCACCAGUAGUGUAUUGCGCUCGGACAUCGGUGCAGAAUGAGAUCAGGAGAGAUGAUUAGUGUGUGUGCGCUGUUAGUGCUGGGCCUGAAGGCCAGUGACGCUGUGACAGUUGAUUACAUUGAUUAUGGAGCGAUGUUCUAUCAGACUUACGGCCCCUCAGGGGAAUAUCUGAUGGACUAUAACGGGAAUGAGCUGUUCCAUGUGGAUUUGGAGUCAAAGUCAGUGGUUUGGACGCUGCCCGGGCUGGAGAAAUACACAUCAUUUGAUCCACAGGGAGGCCUGCAGCAGAUUAAUGUAGCGAAAUAUAACGUAGACGGUUAUAAAAAGAGCCGGAACAGUACACCAGCCACUAGCAUUCCUCCAUUGAUCAGUCUCUACGCCGCAAAGCCUGUAGUACUGGGAGAACCCAACAUCUUAAUCUGUUGUGUAAAUAAUAUUUUUCCUCCUGUGAUGAGCACAACCUGGUUUAAAAAUGGCCAAAAAAUUUCCGACGGAUUUAGUGAGACAAGCUACCUGCCUGCACAGGACCACUCCUUCAGUAGACUUCAUUAUCUGGCGUUUUUACCAAAUGAACAUGAUAUUUACACAUGUGAAGUAGAGCACUGGGGCUUGGAGAAACCCACAAGGCGUAUUUGGGAACAUGAAGCCCCAACACCCAUCUCAGAGGCAUACCAAAAUGUGAUCUGUGCUUUGGGGCUGGCAGUUGGAAUAAUUGGGAUUAUUGCUGGAGUCAUGCUGAUCAUUAAAGGGAUGAAGCAAAGUGCUGCACAAGGGAGGAGCCAGCGCUAAUCUGGAUGAAUGGGGGGAAUUUUUUUAACAGAUUUUUAUUUUCAGGAAUACUGUAGUCUUCUGCACAUAUAGCUCUUACUCUGUAAUGCUGACAAUGUAUCUUGAAGCUAAAAGAAAAGAAUGUUGAGGUGCUCAAAGGCCUAUUUUGAUGAAUCAACAUAGUGUAUUGUAAUUAGAUUGUCUAUGCCCCUGCCCCCUUUUUAAAUUUAAUGCAAUGCAAAGUUAGAAAUCUAAUAAACUUUAAUAAAUACAUAGAAGUGAUUUUAGUUUAGCUUGCACCUGUUCAUUUAGCCAUAAUCAUCCCAUCCCCAUCCAUUCUUGUACUUAAUUGAUUAGGGAAUGGUAUUGUGAUAGCCAGCACAUUGCCACUCCGUUAUCUGGCUGCAGCAGGAAGCAUCUGGAGAUUUCAAUUAAGCCCCCAAGAGAAAGUAUCUGUUCUUAUUCUGGCAUAAAUAUAUCUAUACUCUGCAUUUCUCUUCAGCAUCAGUGGAAUUGCACCAACCAAUGUAAAAGGUGUAGCAGCUGACAUUAAAUUGAAGGGAUUAUGCUUAGUAGGGACUCAAAUUAAAAGAUGUAUUAACUAAAGUUUGAAAUUUUAAAUGUUUAGCGUGUUGUUCCCUCCCCCACCUCUAUAGAAAUGCUCCCAACACCUGACAAAGGCUUAUUGAAGUAAAGGUGAUUCAUAUGCAAAUCAAAGGGACAGUUUUGGGCUCUUAAAUUACUUAAAAUGUCCCAUGUCAUUGCCUCAAUGACUUAUGGUGAGGAUCAGGUGUAUAUGUUCUCCUUUGUCUUGCUGCCCUGACUUAUGCACACAAACAGAACAGAAACUAUUCCUAUGCCCCAUGAAAUGGCAUUUAUAUAUAUAUAUAUAUAUAUAUAUAUAUAUAUAUAUAUAUUUAAUGAUAAUCAGAUGUCUAAGAUUAUCCAUCUCUGAAACUGUUUUUGAAAAGUACAUUUAAUUACAGCCUUGUUAUUAUUUGGAAUGUUUAUUGGUGAUGCUAUAUGCUAAAAUUGUUAGCACUAAAAAUCAAUAUCAAAAAGAAUUCUCAGCUACAAGGAACUCGUUUGAAGAUCCUUACUGAAUGUUGAAGUUGUAACAUUCUUGGUUUUCUCUAUGGUUUGGUGGCUCCAGAGCAGCAAAUUGCUCAGAUACCCAGUUCCAGUUAUGUACUUCCUUAUCUUGUCUGCUGUUUUUUGUAUAACCUGAAUGGAUGCCCUGCUGUUUUUCUUGUUUGCCUAUACAAAAUUAAACAAAGCUAUUAAAAGUG